AUGCCUCUACCGUCUCGGGCCUCGUCUACGCCCAAGAUUAGCAAGGCCUGCGUGCCGUGUAGAACGCGCAAGAUCAAGUGCAAUGCUGCUGUCGUUGGGCUUCCCUGCGGCAGCUGUGUUAGUAGAGAAUGCCCGGAUGACUGUGUUUUGUCGGCACGGAAACGUCGGACUGUAAAAGUGCGUAAUGCCGAAGCGCCUAGGUCGCGGAAAAAUAUACCAGAUACCAAUGGUUCCGUUUUAUCGCCUCGACAGCAACAGCUUCCAACAAAUGUAUCAAGACAGACGACGGAUAGUUCUCAUUCUGAUCCUGUAGAAGAGUCUAUCCAUGCAAGCCAUACUGGCAGUUCUUUACGGAACGACACUCCCCACUCGAGGGAUCGUCGUCCGCCGGGUCAGGCCCAGGCUGAUCUGCUUUACCUCAACAUUCUCCAAGAUACAGUCAAUGACACCUCAGCGGCUCAGACAGAUGCAAGUGAUCAUCAGUCAAAUGAUGAACCAGAUGACAGCUUCAACAGUCAAAUACAUCACUGGAACCCACCGCCUCAGCUUGACGACGUCGACAACGAGUAUCUUGCUAAGAAGAAAGUAUUCGAGCUUCCUCCUCCCCGCUUUAUGGACAACAUAGUCAAAGCAUACUUCGACUAUGUGCACCCUUUCGCACCCAUCCUCAACAGAACACACUUUAUUCAGAGUUAUCGUUCAGGGACCUGUUGUCUUUUUUUGCUUCAUGCUGUAGCAGCAGCUGCAAGUCUCUAUGUCACUCAUGACGUCCUUCUUGGCUGCGGCUAUCCAGAUCGUUCAACCGCACAGGCAUCCUUCUUCUCAAAGGCCAAACUUUUCCAUGACUUUCAUUGUCAAGGGGAUCCGCUUUCCAUGUUGCAAGGAUCCAUGAUUCUUGGCGCCAUCAUCCUGGAUCAUCCGUCUGACAGAGACUUUCAGUAUUGGUUUCAUAACUCAGUCCGGCGUGCUUCAAAAAUGGGUGUACAAAAUGCCUGUCUUCGUGAUGAUGGAUCGCAAAAGUUGUACCGAAGGAUCUGGUGGGUUCUUCAUAAUAGGGACAUCUUCCAUUUCUUCAUCAACACGCAGAACAUGCGCCUGCUUGCAAAUGCACCUCCAAUCAGACCACUGACAGAAGCUGAUUGGGAGACUGAAGACAUUGAGCAAUGGUCCGGUAUCUUAUCGCCAAUCUCCCAGGCCCAAAAGGUGUCCCUCAUAGCUCAAUGCGAGUUAGCCCAGAUCUUUGGGAAUGUCAUGUCUGUCGUCACGAGUUCAACUCCAUCAGCAGAGGAAAUUCACAAACGAAUACUGCCGCUUGAUGCCUGGCGAACAUCACUUCCUGAUAGGAUGCAGCUCAUGGCUUCUUUUGCAGAUGGUGAGAUUUAUCAUCUCGAAGCUCUGACCACCAGUUAUCGCUUUGAGUGCAUCAUGUGUCGUUUGCUGCGUCGUGGAAGAUGGCAAAUGAGUGAUGACGGGUUGCGCGAGUGGGCACAGCAACGGUUCAGAUCGGCAAUCUUUGAGCUUGAUACCAUCGUUAAACGCGUCAUGAUCAACAACACGAUUCAAAAGUUGCCAACUACUUUCAUCACCACCAUCACUGCCCUCUUGGCGCUUCACAUAGAGUCUGCUCUUGACGCCGCAGAGUCAAGCCUCAUUCGCUCAAUGGCUCGGAUAUCGGUUCAGCACACCAUGCUUGCACUUGACCAGAUACGAGAUACCCCUGCCAUCAAGAGAGCUUUGCCUGCAUUUGAGAUUGUACUGUCCAAAAACAAGCUCUAUCCAAUGUCGUCGAGCGAUACUGAGCAAAUCAACACGAUGCAGGCCAUCUCCCAAGACCAGACUCUAAGUGACGGGCAUAUCUUGCAACCACCUCAAGCGGAUAUGACUUUACCCCAGGAUGAUCAGUCAUUCUUGUAUGGGGAUUUUAUUGGAUUUGACUUUUUAGACCGAUGGCAAAUGGAGCAAUUAGAUUUUACAGGCAUUUACUAG